AUGGUGGCUAAGAAAGGUAUAUUAGGAUCCUAUGUAUCCUUUGCAGAGCAAGUACCUUCAAACCAUCCGGACUCCGGAACAAUAAGUCCUGAGCAAAACUCCCACCUGGUCUCCUGGUCUUCACUCGAUGAACAAGAGAACCCGCAAAAUUGGGCUCUAAAGAAGAAAUGGGCGGUCACCAUUACCGUCUCCUUAUUUACUUUUAUUUCGCCAGUCUCUUCUUCCAUGGUCGCCCCCGCGUUGACCAAGAUGGCUGCGGAAUUGAAGAUCAAAACAGAGAUUGAGAGUCAAAUGGCCCUCUCCAUCUUUGUCUUGGCCUAUGCAGUGGGCCCGUUUUGCUUUGGUCCCCUCUCUGAGAUUUUCGGAAGAGCCUACGUCUUGCAGUUCAGCAACCUUUGUUACGUGUGUUGGAACUUGGGCUGUGGAUUUGCAGAGACUCCGGGUCAGUUAAUCGCCUUUCGAUUCAUGAGUGGAAUUGCAGGAAGUGCUCCGUUGGCCAUUGGAGGAGGUGUUUUGAGCGACUGUUGGAAUGCCGACGAGCGAGGCAAAGCUGUUGGGAUUUACAGCUUGGCGCCCCUCCUCGGUCCUGUUGUUGGCCCCAUCGCAGGUGGUUUCAUUACUGAAACAGUCACCUGGCGCUGGAUUUUCUGGGCAAGCAGCACCGCCGGCGCGGUGAUUCAACUCAUCGGCCUGGCAUUUCUCCCAGAAACCCAUAAACCCACGAUUCUGAAACGCCGAGCAAAAUCACUCAGCAAAGAGUCUGAUGGUUUGCGAUAUCACACAGAGUUUGACUCGAAUCAAAGCUUGUUGGCAAUUUUAAGAACAGCCCUGGUGCGACCAUUCAAGCUACUGAUCACACAGCCAAUCGUUCAAGUGAUUGCCCUGUACAUGGCUUAUCUCUUCGGAUUGUUCUAUUUGCUCUUAUCCACAUUCCCCGGAGUCUGGGAAGGCGUUUACAACGAAAGCGUCGGCAUUGCAAGCCUGAACUAUAUUUCACUGGGCGUCGGCUUCGUGAUAGGCGCACAGGUAAACGCUAGACUGAGCGGCCGAAUCUACCGCCAGCUUAAGAUGAAGCGAAACAACACCGGUGCUCCAGAAUUUCGCAUUCCUGCCAUGUUUUUCGGGUCUCUAUUCAUUCCAGUUGGACUGUUCUGGUAUGGCUGGAGCGUGCAGGCAAAAAUUCACUGGAUUAUGCCAAAUAUAGGAAUUGCCAUCUUCUCCGUCGGUUCGAUCAUUUGUUUGCAGUGCAUGCAGACAUAUCUCAUUGACAGUUUUGCCGAAGUUGCUGCCAGUGGAAUGGCUGCAGCUGUGGUUCUGCGCAGUCUUGCUGGCUUUGGGUUUCCUCUCUUUGCGCCCUACAUGUAUUCCGCUCUACAUUACGGCUGGGGGAACACUUUAUUGGCGCUGCUAAGUAUUGUCAUUGGAGUUCCUGCUCCAUUUAUCUUCUGGUUCUACGGAGCAAGACUUUGUACGAUAUCCCAGUAUGCUUCCGGUUAA